ACAACUCAUCUGCUUGAGGAGAUUCUGUUGUAAUGUAUCCAGUGGCUGUUCCUGCACCAGGAGGUGAAGGAAAUAAUGGACAACAUGGGAAACUCAUUUUUUUCCUUUUUGUUUUUGGAGCUGUGUUGCUCUGCGCUGGAUUCCUGCUUUCAGUCUUUAUUCUCCAGUCAUGCCCAUCUGGAACCUUCAGUGACUGUAAUGAGGUCCUCAAGGCUGCGGGGCCUGUGCUUGCUGUAACUGGACUGGUUUGUGUUUUACUGGCACGAUCAAGGGCUAGGCUGUACAUAAGACAAAGACAAUUGCAAAAUGAGCAGGUGUACAGCCUUAUUUUUUGUCGCGGUAGCUGUCAGUUUGCCCAGUUUCUCAUAUUUGGAUUCCUGUUUUUAACUAGUGGAAUGCUAAUUAGCAUCCUGGGCAUUUGGGUUCCUGGCUGCAGCCCCAGCUGGCACAGCAUACAGCUCAACCACACCGGCAGUUCUGAUGUGGACCUUCAGGGCUGUGGAUUCCUGUCACUUCAAAUCAUGGGACCUUUGAUUGUGCUCACUGGGUUGUGUUUCUUCGUGAUAGCUCAUGUUAAAAAGAAACAAAACUUAAAUCUCAACCAAGAAUCUUGCGAAAGUGAAGAACAUCCUGAGAGCCCUGACUCUUUUCAGGUUACAGUAGGUGAUGCUGUAAUGGUAUUCCCACCUCCACCACCUCCUUAUUUUGCGGACGCUGUGUCACCAACUGUGACACAUUGUCUUAUGUCAAGUGGUUUGCCUACAAGUGAAAAUCCUCCACCAUACCACUCUAUCUUCAGUGAUGGAGCACAGCUUGCAGAUGAUGGAAGAACAGUUGCUGUUAGAGACUAUGAAACCAUAUAUACAAUUUCUGGAAGCAGCUCACCGUCAGAUAUCUUACCGAUGCUAUACCUCUCCUCUGAAUCGCCUCCACAGUAUGAAGAAAAAGCAUCAAUAACAAAUAAUGAAUAUUCCCCAUCUUCUUCUUCAUCUUCUUCAUCUAUUUCCUUAGCCACAUCUGACACCAGCUCAUAGAGGACUGUCAGUUAGACUUCAUUUUUAAAUUAAAUUGUACACCUAGAUUUACAAUUUUUGAAUUUAUUUACAUUUUGUAAUAAAAGCAGUAAC